CCUCGGUGUCCAGGCUCGUCCCGGUUGUUCCGCCAUUUUGUGUUAAUUCCUGACUGCGGCGGGGGCCGGGUAGCCGGGGCACCUAGGGCGGGCAGACGAGACAGUCGGCCGGUCUCUGCAGCCCGUUUGCUCUCUUCCUAAAAUUCUUUUUUUUUUUUUUUUUUAAAUUCCCCCUCGCUCGCUAUCCUCUUCUCCCCUCCCCCUCGCUUGCUCCAUCGCGCGCGGUCCGCGCUAAUUACACCCAACCAACCCACUAGUGUCCGUGUCCUCGGGUAUCCCGCCCCGGGCCCGUGGGCGAGUGUGUGUGGGGGCGCUCGCCGCGAUGAGGGCCCCCGCGCCCGUGAGCGAGUGACCGGCCGCAGGAGGGGGCUGCGGAGAAAGGUGGCGGGCGGCCCGCCGGGGCCUAGGCCGCGCGGCCUACGCGGAAGUCGGCGCCGAGGUGAUUCCGAAACCGAAAAAAUACAGACCCAGUUCCCACCAGGAGAACUCAGCCGAAGUGUGCCCCUCCCGCCACGCCCAAGCAGUCCUUUUUCGUGCAUUCACGUCCCCUCCCCCCCAAGGAUCCAUGGAGGCCGCGCCCGGGACCCCCCCGCCGCCGCCAUCAGAGUCGCCGCCAUCGCCAUCGCCGCCGCCGCCAUCAUCGCCUUCGCCUCCUCCGUGUUCCCCCGACGCCCGCCCAGGCUCCCCGCACCUCCUCCACCACCGCCUCCCGCUCCCUGACGACAGGGAAGAUGGUGAGUUGGAAGAAGGUGAACUGGAAGAUGAUGGGGUGGAGGAGACCCAAGACACCCCAGGAGGACAAGAGAGAAGCCGGAAAGAAAAGGGAGAGAAACAUCAUAGUGACUCAGAUGAAGAGAAGUCUCACAGGAGGCUGAAACGAAAACGGAAGAAAGAGCGGGAGAAGGAGAAGAGGAGGUCAAAGAAGAGGAGGAAAUCCAAGCACAAACGCCAUGCUUCUUCCAGCGAUGAUUUCUCGGACUUCUCAGACGAGUCGGAUUUCAGCCCCAACGAAAAGGGGCACCGCAAGUACCGGGAGUACAGUCCCCCAUAUGCUCCGUCCCACCAGCAGUACCCCCCAUCACAUAGCACAUCCCUGCCCAAGAAGUCCUACUCCAAGAUGGACAGCAAGGGCUACGGCAUGUACGAAGACUAUGAGAAUGAGCAGUAUGGAGAGUACGAGGGGGACGAGGAAGAGGACAUGGGCAAGGAUGACUACGACGACUUCACCAAAGAGCUGAACCAGUAUCGCCGCUCAAAGGAGGGCAGCAGCCGAGGCCGAGGCAGCCGAGGCCGGGGCAGGGGCUACAGAGGCCGAGGAAGCCGUGGAGGAUCUCGAGGCAGAGGCAUGGGCCGGGGCGGCCGGGGCCGGGGCCGGGGCUCCGUGGGAGGAGAGCACCCGGAGGAUGAAGAGGACUUCUAUGAGGAGGAGAUGGAGUAUGGAGAAAGUGAGGAGCCGAUGCCUGAGGAUGACUAUGAUGACUACUCCAAGGAGCUGAGCCAGUACCGCCGGUCCAAGGAUGGCCGGGGCCGAGGGUUAAGCCGAGGCCGGGGCCGGGGCUCCCGGGGCCGAGGGAAAGGAAUGGGCCGGGGCCGAGGCCGAGGAGGCAGCCGAGGCGGAAUGAGCAAGGGUAGUAUGAACGACGAUGAGGACUUCUAUGACGAUGACAUGGGCGAUGGUGGAGGCGGCUACCGGAGGGGCGACCAUGACAAGCCCCACCAGCAGUCUGACAAGAAGGGCAAAGUCAUCUGCAAGUACUUCGUGGAAGGGCGGUGUACGUGGGGAGACCACUGUAAUUUCAGCCAUGACAUUGAACUGCCGAAGAAGCGAGAGCUAUGCAAGUUCUACAUCACGGGGUUCUGUGCCCGAGCUGAGAACUGCCCCUACAUGCACGGCGACUUUCCCUGUAAGCUGUACCACACGACUGGGAACUGCAUCAAUGGGGAUGACUGCAUGUUCUCCCACGACCCGCUGACUGAGGAGACACGAGAGCUCCUGGAUAAGAUGUUGGCUGAUGAUGCAGAAGCAGGUGCUGAAGAUGAGAAGGAAGUAGAGGAACUGAAGAAGCAGGGCAUCAAUCCCCUGCCCAAACCACCCCCUGGUGUGGGCCUCCUGCCCACCCCACCUCGUCCCCCUGGGCCCCAGGCCCCCACCUCUCCCAACGGCAGGCCCAUCCAGGGUGGUCCCCCACCCCCACCCCCGCCCCCACCCCCUCCUGCUGGGCCCCCUCAGAUGUCCAUGCCAGUGCAUGAGCCACUGUCCCCGCAGCAGCUACAGCAGCAGCAGGACAUGUACAACAAGAAGAUCCCCUCCCUGUUUGAGAUUGUUGUACGGCCCACAGGACAGCUGGCUGAGAAGCUGGGUGUGAGGUUCCCUGGACCUGGUGGACCCCCAGGGCCAAUGGGUCCUGGACCCAACAUGGGACCCCCAGGGCCAAUGGGAGGCCCCAUGCAUCCUGACAUGCAUCCGGACAUGCACCCAGACAUGCACCCUGAUAUGCAUCCAGACAUGCACCCUGAUAUGCCAAUGGGCCCUGGCAUGAACCCUGGCCCCCCUGUGGGUCCUGGAGGGCCUCCCAUGAUGCCCUAUGGUCCUGGAGACUCCCCACAUUCUGGAAUGAUGCCCCCCAUCCCACCAGCCCAGAACUUCUAUGAAAACUUCUACCAGCAACAGGAGGGCAUAGAGAUGGAACCAGGCCUCAUUGGGGAUGCAGAGGACUACGGGCACUAUGAAGAGCUGGCGGGGCAGCCUGGGGAGCCCCUCUUCCCCGAGCACCCUCUGGAGCCAGACAGCUUCUCUGAGGGAGGGCCCCCAGGCCGGCCGAAGCCGGGUGCUGGUGUCCCCGACUUCCUGCCCUCAACCCAGAGGGCCCUGUACCUGAGGAUCCAGCAGAAGCAGCAAGAGGAGGAGGAGAGAGCGAGGAGGCUGGCUGAGAGCAGCAAGCAGGACCGGGAGAAUGAGGAAGGUGAUACCGGAAACUGGUACUCAAGUGAUGAGGACGAAGGUGGGAGCAGCGUCACCUCCAUCCUCAAGACAUUGAGGCAACAGACAUCUAGCCGCCCCCCAGCUUCAGUUGGAGAGCUGAGCAGCAGUGGGCUGGGGGAUCCCCGCCUCCAGAAGGUGCAUGCCACUGGAGGCCGGCUGGCCGACCCCCGCCUCAGCCGGGACCCCAGACUGUCCCGCCAUGCUGAGGCUUCCAGUGGGUCAGGCCCAGGAGAUACUGGGCCCUCUGAUCCCCGGCUGGCUCGAUCUCUGCCAUCCUCAAAGCCUGAGGGUCUUCACUGCAGCCCUGCUGGCCCCAGCAGCUCCAAGGGCUCUGGGGCUCCACCUCAGGAAGAGGAGGAGGGUGAGCGGGCCCUGCGGGAGAAGGCCGUGAACAUUCCCCUGGACCCCCUGCCUGGGCAUCCUCUGCGGGACCCCAGGUCGCAGCUGCAGCAGUUCAGCCACAUCAAGAAGGAUGUCACCUUGAGCAAGCCCAGCUUUGCUCGCACCGUGCUCUGGAACCCUGAGGACCUGAUUCCUCUGCCCGUCCCCAAACAAGACAUGGUGCCCCCUGUACCUGCUGCCCUGCAGUCUUUGCCUGCUCUGGACCCCAGGCUGCACCGCUCCAACCCUGUAGGACCCCCUGGUGCCCGCCAGCGCCAAGGCACCUCCACAGACCCCAGCGCCUCUGGCUCUCACCUACCCGACUUUGAACUCCUCUCUCGCAUCCUCAAGACUGUUAAUGUUCCAGGUUCCUCUGCAGCCGCCAGUCCAAGUGACAAGCCCAGUGACCCCAGGGUACGGAAGGCCCCUGCUGACCCUCGACUGCAGAAACCAGCAGACUCAGCAGCCUCCUCACGGGCUGCCAAGCCCAGCCCCCCUGAAGGGUCUCCUCCAUCUUCCAGCCCUGGCGGAGGGUCCUCCCCCCCAGCCACAGCUCCCUAUGACCCCAGAGUGCUGGCUGCCGGUGGGCUGGGCCAGGGCAGCAGCAGUGGGCAGAGCAGUGUGCUGAGUGGCAUCAGCCUCUAUGACCCGAGGACUCCCAACGCAGGCAGCAAAGCGGAGCCAGCUACUGAUUCAGGUGCCCAGCCCAAGGGGCCUGAGGGCAAUGGCAAGGGCUCGGCCUCUAAGACCAAGGAGCCCCCUUUUGUCCGCAAGUCUGCGUUGGAGCAACCAGAAGCAGGGAAAGCUGGCACAGAUGGGACCUCUGCCGCAGCCACGGACAGAUACAACAGCUACAACCGGCCCCGGCCUAAGGUAGCUUCCGCCUCCACCACAGCCACAGUUGCUGCACCUGCAGAAAGUGCCCCACCCCAGCCAGGCGUGCACAACCUGCCUGUGCCCGCGCUUUUUGGGACUGCGAAGCCAACACCCAAGACAGGCUCAGGAAGCCCGUUUGCUGGCAACAGCCCAGCCCGUGAGGGCGAGCAGGACGCAGGGUCCCUGAAAGAUGUUUUUAAAGGCUUUGACCCCACCGCCUCCCCCUUUUGCCAGUAGUGCUAGCCAGAACCAGCGCUCCUGCCACCCUUCCUUUUCCAAGGUGAUAUUUAAGGGCAGCAAUUGAAGUUGGGAUUGGGGGAGAUGGGUGUUCUUUCUUUUCUUUUUCCUCUUUUUUCUUUUUCCCCCUCAAGUAGUAUUUCCUUUGAGACAUAAAUUGUACAUAACCAUCUUGGAUGGGUUCCCGUCUGUGCUGCAGGGCUACCGAGCCUGAGCCAGUGGGGGUGCUCCAGACCCUGCGCCUCCCUGGGUGCAAAUGGGGACUGUCUCCGGGCAAAGCUUGGGGCUCCCCUCAGGACAAAGGGAAUGUGAGUGUCUGAGAAGGCACUGAAGGUCACUCACCCCGCCCUGCUGGGCAAGGAGACGGGAACCCAUCCUCGAGGGGCAUCUGAGAAGCCCUGGCUCUUCAGUAUGAAUCCUGUGCCCACUGCUUCAGCCAGGGAAAAUGAAAAGGUAUUGGAGGAGGUGGCCGGGAAUCCUCAGGGGCACCCUGGUGGGCACUCCCUGGGCCCACUCUCAUUUCUGAAUUACCAUUUGCGCCCCUUUGUUCCUAGCCCCAGCCCCAGCUCUUCCUCAAACCAGGGCCCUUUAGCCUGUACAGGAGCCGGGGCAGGAAGGGGGCUGAUGGGGGCAGAGCUGCCUGGGAGCACGUGUUCUGUCAGUAUUACCGUCCCGCCCUGCAUGCCGGGGUCUGGCCUGGCUCUCAGAGGCUAGGGUACCCUGUGUGCCUGCACUGCCAGCCUCUGCCCUGGCGACAGCUCAAGGAUCCGUGGCUGGCCGUUCUGCAGGCUCCCUCCCCCUAGGGAGCCCCAGGUGGCCCUUUGGCACAGUGUUUGUGCACUCUGCUUUCUUUGUUCCUUAAACCACAGUGUCUGUAGGGAAGGAGGUACUGGUGUUUGGUUUCCUCUCCCAGCCAGCAGACAUCAUGGUUUAGGGUUUUAUGCACUUCCUAGAAGGAAGGGGGGCCAGGACUCACUGGGGACAGAGAGGACUGAAGGUUCAGCUGGGCAAGGACAGACCAGAGAUGUCACGGCAGCCUCUUUUCCCCUAAGUGUCCCACCCUGCCUGAGGACUGGCCUUGUUCCAGGGGUCUUGGGGAGGCCUGACCAGUGAACCUGGCUGGGCAGCUGGCUCAGAGGAGCCUGACAAGGCCUGGGCAUCACUGACCCCAGAAGGUCUGGUUAUUCGGGGGUGCCUCUUUCUGGGCCCACUGCCUCUGGUGCCACGCUGAAGGCCAUGUCUCCUGUUCACAGUGAGACCUCACCCAGCAGAGGGAUCCCCUUUCCUGUCCCGUGGUGGGAGCCUCACAAGGCUUCUGGGACAUCCCCACCCCAGAAGAAAGAACUCAUUAAUUUGAGGCUAAAAGCCAGGUUGGGCACGGCUGGACUGGGCCAGGCGCCCUAUAGGGCCAGACCACACUGGGGUCAGUGGGCUGAGGUCAGGCUUUUGUGUGAUUUUUGCCAAGCAAUCAUCAAAUUUGUCCUCGGCCACCAGAGCUGGCUGUGGAGCAGAGGGCUGCAGCCCAGGCCUGUGUAAGAUGAGGAAGGACGCACAGUGUGACAGUGUUUUGGUCCCCCCUCCCACCCCACCCCGGGCUUCUGAGAAAGUAAAUGCUUUUUUAAAACUGAAAUCUGUGGAUGAAAUAGAAGCUGAAAUGCUCCUCUUGGAAUAUUCAGCAUCAGAACCUCAUGGAACUAUGAAUUCAUCCAGAAUUCCCUUUUGCCAUCAGGCCGAGCUUUUAAAGAAAAAUUGUUCUCUAACCAGGAUUGUAACAAAAGUGUAAAUACUAUUUCAGAGUCGAAAGUCGAUGGUGCAAAUAUGUAUAUAAUGUACUGUAUUUUUACAAUGAUUGUCGCAUGACUACCCCACUCCCUUUUGUACUCCAUAUCUGUCUUCCAGAAACCUCUCCUGCCUUUUCUCCUGUGUCUCUUAAUCUGGUAAUUGUAUUACUGCCAUUAAAGGAUGCAGUUAUUUU